AUGGCAAUUCCAAGCCGCCGUUUCAUCGUGUUCUCGCCCACCCCGCAAGUCCCCUUUGCCAAUCGUCUGGCCUACACCUCGCGCCGCCUGCUCUCGCUCGCCUUCAACCAACCGCCAAUCCAACCCGUGCGUGCCUCUUCCCUGCAGGUGGUCCCCGUGCGCGGCGAUGGUCGCUGCCUGUACCGCGCCAUUGCGAAGGGGCUGGCCAACUCGGAGGGCCGCCGCCUCACAGAGAACUUGGAGCGUGCCGACGCCGAUGCCCUGCGCAGUCUGGCCUGGAAGGCCAUUUGCGUCGAUCGCACAAAGGAGUUUGCCGCGAAGCACGUGAUCGAGGGGAGUAUCUCGUCAUACUGUCGCCAGAUGCGCGCUCCCACAUUUUACGCUGGAGAGGCGGAAAUGCUCGCGCUUGUUGAUGUGCUCAAGGUUCCGAUUAAGGUGUAUUUGAAUCACGGAGGCGAGCUCAGGAAUAUUGUAACAUACGGGGAAAAAUAUAAGAAGAGAAAGGGACGCCUUUCCAGGGAUAUCGCCGUUCGCGUAUUAUACGCCAAUGGCAACCACUACGAUGCCCUCGUGCCCAGAUAA